UUUAGUUGAACCUUUUUGUCGGUCCAUGGGAGAAGUAAAACGUAAAUAAAAGCACGCUUUUGCUUUUGGAAUUUGUAGUUUUCCGUACAUUUUAUCCGUUUUGUCUGCUAUUUGAUUUGUGACUUACAUAUUGGGAAAACCUCUUAGAUUAUAGUAAUCUGUUACCGAGUUAUUAAUCUAUAAUUUAGUGAAAUGGUUAAAGUGAAACGAAAAGCCCAGCCAGCGCCGGAAGCAGAUGACAGUGGCUCCGAUUACGACGUGGAACGUUCCUUCGUACCAAAAGUAACGAAGAAAACGGUGCAGGAGGAGUUUCCACUACCAAAACAGAUACGCAAAAGUACCGCCAAACGUGGUUCGGGAAACCAGGAGAGCAGUAGCAGCAGCAGCGAAGAAAGUGACGACGAUGGUGACACAAAUUUACCUACCUUAACUAAGGCACAACUGGCGGAAAUACUGCAAGCUGUUAAAAGCAACAAGCGGCUGGUGUUGAACAUUUCCAACGUGGAUUUUAAGACCGCAAAGGAAGAGAUCGAAGAGCACUUCCGAAAGGCUGGCAGGGUGAAGAGUGUACGCGUUCCGAAGCGAAGAGCGUCCGGUUUUGCGUUUGUCGAAAUGUUAGAUGCAGAAGGAUUUCAGAAAGCUUUUUUACUGGAUGGUAGCUUCCUAGAUGGACGACAAAUACGGGUGCGUCUGUCGGAAAGUGGUAAAAAGAAAUCACAUCAGAAAAUUUUACUGCUCGAGAAAAAGAACGCAGAGAUUCGAAAGCUAAGAAAAAAGAAUCGAACGAAACCGGAAGCUACGGAGGUAACACUGGUUCCGAAAGUUGAGCCUAAGGUGAUAGAACGGGAUCCUAUUCUGGACAAGAAAAAACCCAAACCACACACGAAAAAGCAAAUAAAGGCUCACAACAAACGGGUUUCCAUGAAGGCUAAGUUUAGAAAUUUGGCUCAAAAAGGAAUAAAGGUAUGA